CUUUCGCGUUCGUCUCAGACCCAUCUUUUCCUGACGGCUAGCUGGUGUGGGUCGUUCAGUUUUACUAUCAACAGAAAGGGAUUCCCGCUGAUAGAAACCAGCGAAAACAACGGUCGCUCUAUCGCAUACCACUGACUCGUAAUGGCUGCCGUGACCGAUUCCUUACUUAUCGUGACAGAAGGGGCGGAGAUCCCUAAAAUAAUUGGUUCAAAAUGGACCAAUAGCAAAACAGUUACGAUGACAUCGGACACCCAUAUAACCGUGUACGAUCAAGGCAAUGUCUGGACGAGGCCUUCUCUGACGUAUAUCAACCUGUCCGAUCCAUUAUCUCCGCAAAACUGCCACAAUAUAUGCAACAAACACUGGAGCCUUAGUGGUCAGGUCGUAGCGGCUGCUCUCAGUCCGAAACGAGAGUUCUGUCUGCUACAAGGUGCAUCUAACCUAGUAUGGAUAGUCCGAGCGGCCGAAGUGGGGAAUGAAGUGGCCAAAGGCCGUAACCUGAAGUUGCCGUACCCGGUGCGGUUGGUAAGAUGGUUGGACGACAUACACGCUGCAUUUGUAACCAGCCGCUACGUUUUUCACUUGGACAACACGGGUAUAACCACAUGGGAUUGUCAGACCACCACCGAGUACACGGAACAGCGUGUCGUCACCGAUUAUCAACAGAACCGGCUGAAGACAUGGUCGUUCGUUGCAGCUGUGGAGCAUGCUGCGACACAGUCUACCGGUACCAUCGAAGUAUUCGCCAUGAAAUUUGAUGCCUCAGGAACGAUGAGCGGGUUUGCAGCUGCCUUCAUGCCGUCGCCGGCUAUAAAGAAAGCCACGACACAGGAAGUGCUCGUUGCUGACGCGACAAUGGACAACAUAAUCGUCAGAUACGUGCAAUUAACAGUUACAAAACCUUCCGCGGUUAAAAUCUUGGUCCACGCUUCCCUUGAAGUGACUUCUCCUAGUACUGCUGGAGGCGGCAUUCAAAGGGAUUUUCCUAUCGGAGUGAAGGCAAGAGUACUACAAGCAUGAUAAUUAGCACAAAUGUGUCAUACCAACAUUGUAGAAUUUACGACAGAGCGGGUAAUUCCGGCG